AUGUUCCGAGUGGAGACCGCCGCCUCCCAGGAUUUUGCAGAGGUUCUCCAACAGUUGAGCAGCAAAAUUCCGGACAUGGAUGCGUCAUCCCUGUCUAUCUCGGACAAGCCCAGUGACAAGGGCAAAAGUGCUUUGACAUUCGUCGGGCAGACGGUUUCGCAAUUAAGUCUCAAAAACGGUGACUUGUUGUUUCUGAGUUACUCCAACAAGAGAUCAGAUGAGACUGCUCGGGAUUCUGCCUCUGUUGCUCUCAAUGGGGUUGCCACAACGAAAUCUACUACUCAAUUACCGGUGGAUGACUUAUUGGACAAGCAACAAGGGCUUAUCAAAAGGGGAAGAAGCACGUUUUGUAGACACACCGAGAAAGGAAUGUGCGAAUACUGCUCGCCGUUACCACCUUGGGACAAGGCAUAUCAGGAGGAGAACAACAUCAAGCAUAUAUCAUAUCAUGCCUACGUUAAAGAGAUGAAUGCCAAUGUGAAUAAGAACGAUUCCAGCUUCAUUGCUCCUUUGGAAGAAGAGACUUUCAAGAUUGACAAGCAUUGUCCCACGGGACAUUCCCCAUGGCCCAAGGGCAUUUGCUCAAAAUGCCAGCCUUCGGCGAUCACGCUUCAGCAGCAAAGAUUCCGUAUGGUUGACCACGUGGAGUUCACAAACAGCGAAACCAUAAACAAUUUUAUCAACAGCUGGAGAUUGUCGGGUACCCAGCGGUUUGGGGUUCUUCUAGGAACCUACGAUGUUUAUGAUAAGGUUCCUCUUGGACUCAAGGCCAAAGUUGAGGCAAUCUAUGAGAUUCCUCAAAUUGACGACGAAGACGGAAUCACACUUCAGCAAUGGGAUAACGAAGAACAAGUCUUGGAUGUGGCUAAACGACUAGGCUUGGUGCCAGUCGGAACAAUCUUCAGCGAUUUGACCGAUACCGGUGCUGGAGAUGGUUCUGUGGUGUGCAAGAGACAUAAAGACUCCUUUUUCCUCUCGUCUUUGGAGGUGAUAUUUGCGGCCAAAUGGCAGCUCAAGAACCCCAAUGUGACCAAAUGGUCCCGUUCGGGCAAGUUUUCAUCGAAAUUCGUCACGUGUGUGGUUUCUGGAAACUCCAAGGGCGAGAUUGAUAUUGCAUCGUACCAAAUUUCGCAAGCUGGAGAGGCUCUCGUCUCAGCAGACCUGAUAAGUGCUUCUACUCAUCCAAACGCAUGUUUCAUCAACGAACAGACAGAUGAUAGAUACGUGCCGGAGAUCUUCUACAAGAUGGUGAACGAAUAUGGAAUUCCCGUUAAGAAGAGUGCAUCGCCAUGGUUCCCAGAUGAAUAUCUCAUUGUGUCACUCACACAUGGGUUCCCCCAGGACUCUUCUUCGGCAAGAUUCCGUUCAGAAAAACAGUUCACGAUAGAAAAUAGAGGCUUUCUGGGUACUCCUCAAGGACUACGACAGGCUCUGGAGCUCAUUGACGUGGAUGGAGGCGAUUUGAAUACGUCCAAGCUGAGACUCCAAGACUUCCAUUUGAUUUCGUAUCUGCUCUCUCUCGGUGUUCUUAGCAGGGCCGAGGAGGAGCUGCUGAUUACAGCCACCAGGCCCGAUGAGGGGACAGAAGAGGCUUUCUAUGAGCUACUGGGUAGCCCUGGAUGGGGGACGUUAGUUACUAUGGCUGAGUAA